AAAUAGUUCUGAUUCUCGCUCAUUGUGUUGCUUGAAACGUAGACAUGGUCAUGGCGAAGAACAUUUGCAGACGGAAGCCCUAGACUUCGAAAGUCAUACUCAAGAGGAUCACGGGAGGAACAAAAUGGAUGAAUCUAAGCCAAUGUCUGCGCAGCAGCAGCAGAAACUCAUCCUUCAACAACACCAAUUACAGCAGCAACAAUUACAGCAGCAACAGCGUCAACAGCAACUCCUCCUGUUGCAACAGUUGCAGAAACAGCAACAACAGGCGGCGAUGUCGAGGUUUCCAUCGAAUAUCGAUGUGCAUCUCCGGACCCCGGGAUUAAUUCAGAGCCGACCCAUCAACCCGUCUCAGCAGAGCUCUAACCCUAACCCUAAUCAUAGCCCUAAUUUGGUGCAGCAGUCUCCGAACUUGCAGCACCAGCAGAAUAUGUCGAGUAGUCAGCAACAGCAGCAGAAAUUGAUGCGACCGUUGAACCACAUGGAGCUUCAGUUCUCUUACCAGGACGCUUGGCGUGUCUGCCAUCCGGAUUUCAAGCGGCCUUUCUCUUCUCUUGAAGACGCUUGCGAAAGAUUAUUGCCUUACCAUGUCGUAGCAGAUUAUGAAGCAGAAGAGGACGAUAGAAUCCUUGAUUCAGACACAACGGGCCAGACUCUAUCCCGCUCCCAGCAAUGGGAUAACAACAUCGCAGCUAAAGUUGCAGAGUUCGCGGCGACAUUCGAGAAACAAGCCCUAGCUUUUAACAUAAUAACUCGAAAGAGAGCCAUAGGAGAGUUCAGAUCUGAGGAAAGGUUGAUGAUAGAACAAGCUUUGCUCCAAGAAGAGAGAAAAACCUUGUUCAAAUUAAAAGCAGAGAUGGAUCAGGAGAAAGCUGGUCGGGAGGCUCAAGAGGCUCAGGAGGCUAAGUUGCGAAUGGCAGCUAUGGCACAGGCAGGACAAGUAAGGGCAGAGUUGCAGGCCCAUGCUGAGAUCAUUUCUCACAACCCGAUAAGAGCAAAUGCGAUUUUGAAUCAGGGAAACAAUGGUCCGCUAAGUCAUGAGAUGGAGCCUAACAUCAACCUUGAUGAGAUGGUGAAUGGAUGGGGAAACAACAGCCAGAGAGAUGAGAAGGAACCCUCAGAAGAUUUCUUGAAUGAUGAGGAAAAUGAAAAUGGAGAAACAGAUGAGCAAGAGAACUGGCGUGAAGGCGGAGAAUUUGAUUUGAAUUGCCAGUAAGAAUGAAUGGAAUUGUUUUUUCUAGGUGAAGGAUGCAUUCAGUGUCCUGAACAUAUAACCAUUCGCGAGCAAUUACACGAUAGGAUCCGUGUGUCGGAAAUGGGGGGAUCGUGUUGAAGUUCAUGAUCCUGGAUCCGCAAGUCGGGAUGUGCUCAGAUUCGGCAAAGGCCAAUGUCCAGUUCUGCUCCAGACAGGCAACUACUGCUGUCCAUCUUCUCUGUCUCGUGUUCAUAGCUUCUGUUAGAUGUGGUAAUGUGUCUUGAGAUACCAUUCUCAUCUAAAAACCUUGAAAUACAUUUCCAUGAACAUGAAUAUAAGAAUAAGAAGAAAAAUAUAGAGAAGAUAUGAUUUCAUAUA